AUGUCGCACUUCACGAGUGUUAGCCACUUAUACACGUAUUUGGACACGAAUGUUUGGCACAGACAGUUGACGAUGUUCAAUAAUACCUCCGAGAAACCUGGACAGCUGAGGCACCGAACAGGUGUCGUCAAAUCUGCGUCAAAACAAAAAAACACUGUUCAAACCAGAAAGGUCCUUUAUAAAGUGGGCUACAAUUGGAAUAAAGGUGGAAGACUGAAAGAGCUACGAAUAAGGCAUUUGGCAAGAAAGUUUCUGAAGAUAUGGAAACAGAAAACAUUUGGAAGAGUUCUUUCCCAAAAAGCAAAGUUUCACUAUAAAGACACAACUUUGAAGCGAAUAUUUGAUACUUGGAAAGAUGUGUGGUGGACAUCAAGGAGGGAGUGGAGUUUGAUGCUGCGUGCAGAGUGUCACCACAAAUACUUCCUAUGUAACCAGUUGUUACAAAGUUGGAGACAUUUUGUGAUUUUACAACGAAUGAAGAAGAUAAAAACUCAAAACGCUCAAGCAUUUGCUGACAAACAACGUUUGCGUCAUGCUGGGAAAUGCUGGGAAAAUUAUACAGAAGUGAGGAGAAUAAAGAAGAGAAAUCUUGCCACUGCCCUUGAGCUUUACAAAUGUUCCACACUAAAAUCUACUUGGACAAAAUGGAAGCAUCAGCUGCAGCGUAUUCAGUACCUGUAUGUAAUGCAAGAUGAAGUCCUGAAGCAGAAAAGAACUUCCACACAGCGCAAGGUUUUACUGCAUUGGAGAGACUUGUCCACUCUUUCAUACCAUGAAAGACUAAAUGAGUUAAAGGCUUCACAUCACAACACCACCCGGCUGAGGAGAAAAGCAUUUAAACAGUGGAUGUUUUAUGUCUCCUGCCGCAACACUAUUUGCAGAUCUGCAGUUGUAGCUCAAAAAACGUUCCGCCUGAGGCUUCUUAGAGUGUACUGGACAAAAUGGUCUAAAGCGUUGUAUGAGAAAUGGAGUGAAGAGGUGACCUUGGAAGCUGCUGGGCAUUUGGCUGUUCGAAUCUGUCAGCGCAGAGUUGUCAACAGAUGGAAAGCUUAUAUGAAACUUUGUCACAAAAAAACUGACAAUAUACAGAAAGCACAGGAGCAUAAUCGGCACACUUUACUGAAAAUGACUUUUGGAGGUUUGUCUCGCAAUGUUAAGUUAAAUAAAUCAAAGAGACUUAACUACAGUAUGGCUUCACAACAUCACCAUCAAACCGUUGUGGGGACAUUUUGGAGACUGUGGCGGGACCGUCUUGAGGAAGUAGAAGACCGGAGUUUUCAGUACCUCACUGAAAAGGCUGAUACCUUUUACAGUGUUUCCCUGUCAAGAGCUUGCUUCAGAUUCUGGAGAGAGAGGUUGUCUCAGUUAAGACAUAUGAGGACUUUGGAAAAGCAAGCAGAUACUAUGUUUGCCGACCGCAUACUUCCAGUCUGUUUCCAUUCAUGGCACAACUGGACAGUCCAGGAAACGAUUCAAGAACAAAGACAAGUCCAAGCUGAGGAAUUCAACAGACGGCACCAGUACUCAUGGGUGUUUUACACCUGGUGGGAAUUGUCUGAAAAACAUAAACAACGGAAGAUGGCUGAAGAAACGGCAAUAUAUCAUGAGGAACAAAAGAAAAUGCAAAAAGCCUGGAUUCUAUGGAGGAAACGAACAGAGAUGAGGAUGAAGGAGAAACAUAAGAUGGAUAUUUCAAAACAUCUGUAUCAACAAAGACUAGUGCAAAAUACAAUGACACAAUGGAAGGAAAACACUGCUGAGCUGAGAUAUAGGAGAAGCAGAGAGCUUCAAGCUUACCUCCAAGGCGAUCUGUGCAUCCUCAGAUGGACUGUGGACAAAUGGAAAAAGUUUGUCCUGAAGCAAAAAGUCAAGAAACAAAAAGCAGAAGAAAUGCUGCUGUACCAUGAGAAACAGAUUCUUAAACACUUCUUUGCGACGUGGAAGAAACAUCAUCUCCAGAUGCAAUCUGUAUAUGUCAAAGCAGAGGAACUUUACAAACAACAGACACUCAAGUCCCUUAGGCGAGUGCUGGAGAUGUGGCAGGAGAAUGGAGCUGAUUCUGCCAAGUUUAGAAUCAAGAAGCAAAUGGCACAAAAUCACCAUCGACAUGUCCUUCAUCUUAAGAUGUUCAGUGCUUGGAGAGAGAGAACUGUAUUUGCAGUGACCAAGCAUCACCAGCAGAUGGCAGCUCUAAGCCAUGCACGGGAAUCCAUAAAGAAAGGGAAAUUAACCUACUUAUUCAACAAGUGGCGUCUGCAAACAAAAACAUGUCAAAUGGUGCGACUCCACAUGCAAAGAGCCGAGAGGUACCAUGACACUUCUGUUCUCACCAAGACCUUUAGAUGUUGGGAAGAUCACCACCGCCAUUUUCAGAAUAAUAAGGUGAUGAAACGACAAGCCAGCUUAUUGCUGAGAUUGAAGAUAUGGCAGACUUACUUUGAUCAAUGGAAAAUUAAGCUGCAGCACAGACGCAGGGAGAGAAGGCUGACAGAGAGUGCUCUCUGGCACUGGUCGCUCUCUCUUCAAGCCAAGGUGCUGAGUGCAUGGAGAGUGUAUGCGGCUGAACAGCACAGGGAGCGAGAGGAAGUGGCCAAAGCAGCUCAGUUUUACAGAGACAAUCUGCUCCGAGAGGGCGUGUCCCGUAUACUGACAUAUGCAGCUCAGAUGGACGACCUGACCACCAGCCUCACUCAACACACACAGGAACAACGUGCAAGACGUCUCCAGAGAGUAGUCCGGCGCUGUGCCCUGAAAUGGAAACUCCCAUGUGAGUCUCAGGCAGAAGAGGAUCACGCUCUCAUGGAGAGGCUGUACACUCGCACGCCUCGACGUCAGCCUCGGUGCUCUGAGGAACUUCUGAAAUCUCCAAGAACUGUGAUUUUGGGAAGUUUCACAGAAGCUUCACAAUCACAAAGUCUCAGUUUUGACGUUGCUGCUUCCCUCCCUGCGGAGUCAACCCCAAACCAAACGCUCCUUCUGCCCCCUUCAGCCUUCAUGACAGCAAUCACUCCCGAAGAACCUUCUUUUGAACAAUCCGGUCAACCUGUUAUAAAUUCUAGAGAUCCAGUGAUUGAACUAACAAACGAACUGUUGGGCAUUAAACAAGACAUGACACUUUACCAACAGGACAAAAAGCAGCUGCGGGCAUGGUGCAUGUUAAGAGAUGUGCUUGAGACUUGGCUCCAGACCAGUGGACAGGACAACCACGCUGAAACAGACUCUGUUUCAAAGGAAUUGGAAGAGCUGAAGAACUGUAUCGACAAGCUCACCACAAAACUAUCAGAACAGAAGCCUACGAUAGUCCGACAUGUUGAGAGGAUUCAACAUCUCCAGGCCUCUUGUGGCACCAACGCAAAAUGA